AUGAUUUGUUCUCUUGAUUUAUGCAAUACCUCUAUCAGCUUAGAUUCUUUAAUGAAAGGACUUAUUAUAUAAUGUCUAUGGUGUCCAAAUGCCUUUUAUUGUUGUGAAGAUUGCAGAUAAUCGGAUAAGUAAUUGAAAGCAAUUAACUCUUUAAGCAAGCACAAAUCAUAAUGUAGAGGGAUAUAAUAAACAGUUCUUGUUGACAAAUAAAAUAUUUUGAAAGAAAUGCAAUUAUUAGAAUAAAUAGGUUAAGGGAGUUUUGGAACAGUGCAUAAAAUAUUAAUAUAAGGUCAAUUAUAUGCUCUAAAGAAGAUGAAUAAACAUUAAUGUUCAAAGGAAGUUAGAAUUCAUAAGCAUUUAAAUCAUAAGAACAUAAUUUAGUUUCAUUACUUUAUUGAAGAUGAUGAAUAUGUAUAUAUAAUAAUGGAAUAUGCAUGUAAUACUUUAUUAAUUUUUAGCUUAGGGAACAUUAACAAUGAAUAGGGACAAUUGUGAUAUUUAAAAUAUAUUCUUACAAUUAUGUGAGGCUACUAUGUAUCUUCAUUAAAAAGGUAUAAUUCAUAGAGAUUUAAAACCUGAUAAUAUUGUAUUGGACAAUUUUUGGAAUCCUAAAAUUUGUGAUUUUGGUUUAGCUACAUAUGAAAGUGUGAUAAGUAGUUUUUCUGGAACAUUUGAAUUUAUGGCACCAGAAGUAAUUAAGAAUUUACCUCAAACUCAAAAAAUUGAUGUAUGGUCUUUAGCUGCUAUAUUAUACUGGUUGCUUGAAGGCAAACCAUUAGUAUAAGGUUUAAUAAUAAACAAAUUUAGGCAAUUAGAUUGAGAAGAUGCAGUAAAUUCUUGAUUUUAAGAAACCUUAGUUUACAUAAAUAACAAAUCCAUAUAUUAAAGAUUUAUUAAAUCAGAUGUUAGAUCCAGAUCCAGAUUAAAGAAUAUCAUUGCAAGGUGUGCUAAAUCAUAAAUGGACCUAAAGCAUAAAUACAAUAGAGAAAGAAAUUAAUGAUAUUUCUACUCAACCAAGUGUUUAAAGAUUAUAGUAAAUUGAAAUUUAAUAAUAAUUGUAAAAACAUGAUUCGAGCAUGUUAUAAAAGAUUAUAUCACUUUUUGGUUGUGGAGGUAGAGAGAAGCAGUUUUGA